AUGAUUUUUCGUCGAAGUUCCGGGGAUAUCAAGCUAUUUCGACUAGAAUCAAGCCAUCUUGGGGAGGCUGUUUUGAUGACCGAUCGUACAUUAGAACCCAGACCGUUAUUUUGGUCAAGCAAUCGCAUACGAUACGAUGUCAGUGACAUCAAACGCGCUCGCAUUACAAUCAUUAGUGAGAAGAUGGACAAUCACAAUCAUCGCCAUGCGACAGUGCCCGUAAGAGUUAACACAUUUUCAGUCUGCAGCGAGUCGAACUGCCAAAUCACUUCGUCAUCGCAUCUCAUCGCAGAGCAAUUACCAGACACUGCACAUUUAGGAUGGCUAAAGUUUUCUAGUCCGUGGGGUGAACAGUUUUGCGUUAACUGGAACCGGGACUGGACUUCCCUAAAAUCUAGCAUUCGAACAUUUCUUGAACCGAAAAACCAGGAAGUGAUACAGGAGCCGGCCGCCCCAAUGGUCCACCAAGAUCCGACAGUCAUCCAGGAGCAGAUCGCUCCCAUGGUUGACCUCGAGCUCGAGUCAUUAGACACUUACGUAACUAUGCCGCUCGCGGAGCUGCAUAGGUCGAAACCCAUUACACUCAGAGGUCCUAAUUCGAGCUGUCUUCGGGUCUGGAUCUCGCUAUCAAGAGAAACUUUUAUUGGCAGGAGUCGAUACGAAUUGGGCAUUCAUGGGAGGAUUGUGAAAAGAGAUAGUAACGAGGAAGACAGCUCAUCUGAGCCCCUAGCCGCUUGUGGAGAAUCACAGCUUGAGGGUCUCAGUUUACAGGACGACACUUGA